ACCAAACUCAUAUUUGAACCCAGUGGAGGAAAAAAAAAAAACAGACAAAGGAACGGGCGAAUGGAAAGAGAUGGAGCUGGGAAAGGGAAAAAAAUAAAUAAAUAAAACAAGCAGCAUCUGCCGUAGCGAUGCCACGAAGAAGAAGUUUCUCGCAGGGCGUGGUGGGAUAGGAGUCUCCUCAGUGGAGGACUGAAAACAAGUGACCCAGCUGGCUAGCUCAGCUGCAGAGAAGAUGGCUGCAGCGGGGAUUUUCAGGCCAGCGUCUGAAAACAGAGCACCGUCUGUCAUGCCGAACGACGACUAGCCUCCGUGUCUCCCUGUUUAUUUAUUAGUCGGGUUCGGUUCGGACUCGGAAGGGGGAUACAACAUGGGGUCGCAAACUCUGCAGAUCCUGAGGCAGGGGGUCUGGGCUUCAGUCACAGGCGGAUGGUAUUACGACCCCCACCAAAAUACAUUUGUCAACGCUUUACAUCUCUACAUCUGGCUGUUUCUCCUGUGUUUCCCCUUCACACUCUACAUGGCCCUGCCGCCAACCAUGGUGAUUGUGGGAAUCUACUGUAGUGUGAUCGCCGCCAUGUUUCUGCUGCUGAAGACGGUGAACUACCGCCUCCACCAUGCCCUGGACGAGGGCGAGGUGGUCGAGCACCGGGCCAAGGAGACAGAGGGCAGCAGAGGCAACACCAAGGGGGCUAACGACGGCAGUGUCACACGCCGGGAGGACAGCAACGGCCCAGGGGAUCCUGGAGGGGGUAUUGAGAUGGCAGAUUUCAUUCGGGAAGAGACUCCACCAGUGGACUGCAGUUCCAGGAACUCCUACACUGGGAUGGACUCUAACCACCAGGUUGCAUCCACCCAUGGAGGAGCAACAACUGCCAAAGGAGAUGUGGGAAAGACCUCAGACGACAUCAGUUUGACUCUGGUGGAGAGCUGCAGCCACGAUCACGAUUUGUUAUCAGACCCAAAGAUGUACUGCCUUGUGUCCAAUGACUCCUUCGCCUCCAUGCAGCCCUCUACCUCCCUGGGUCCUUCCGAACUGACCAGGGAGCCUGCUGACCUCUGUAGCUCUGCUGCUCAUCACUUCAGCCAGUCACACUCCUCCUGUGACACCGAGAUGACCACUCAAGCAUCCAUGCAAUCUCAGACCUUUAGGAAGGAACUCCGUUCUCGGGGCCUGCCUCGCACCUCCAGCUCAGCAGGUUCUGCUUUCCCUGAUCCUUCUCUGCCAGACUUUGGUCUUUACCCUCCACCCAGGAGAGGUGGCCUUGAUCCUGUGUGUGAGCUGGAGGCUGCAAGGCCUCACAGGGCGGGGUUCUAUGACAGAGAGGGGGCUGAGCAACUGUACCAGCAGGACCAGGCUGUGGCCUCCACCUCUGGAGUAGAGUGCAGCAGGCACCAGGAUCCUCGCAGAAUAGCCCGCUCUGCCUCUCGGGAGGCAGGGGAAGGUAGCUCAGGUCUGUACCAGGUGGAGGUGGGUGGAAGGGGGAAAGGAUCUAGUGUAAGAGGGAAGUCCCAGGGAGGGGAGCGCAGUGCUGACAGCCUGCGGAGCCUUAGCACCCGCAGUAGUGGCUCCACUGAGAGCUACUGCAGUGGCACAGACAGAGACACGAACAGCACUGUCAGCAGCUUCCACAGUGAGCAGACCAGCUCUACACAUGUGGAAAGUCUGCUCUCGCUUUCAGGGGAUGAGCGCGCACGGGACAAGGAAGAUGCUGCUUCUGUGCCUGCAGAUGGCAGGACUUCUAGCCUUGGCAGCGUUGGUUCUCGAGGUCUCAGCAAUCUGCCUUCAAGGGAGGCUAAUAAGAACCCUCAUGCCAAUGAGCUGACUGCCAAACAGCCUGCAGACACCAAGUCUUCUGCAACCCAAGAGCUAGCAGAGCCCUGCAGCUGCCAGGAUGAGCCCAGCACCAGGACAAGUGCUGAUGGUUCAACUGGAAUAGCUGCUGUGGAGCAGGAGCAGGAGAAGGAUGCCGUGCGACCAAAGUCAGCAAUCCUUGUCCAGAGGACUUCUUCCUCGUCAGCAGGGCGCAGCGGACGCCGGCGGACUGGUAAGAAACGGGCGAGUAGCUUUGAUGCCAGCCGCCACCGGGAUUAUGUAUCGUUGCGUGGUAUGGCCAAGCCUCGCAGUGCUGUGUUUGCCGCGGGUGGAGAGGAGGACUCGAGUGACCAGAGUGAACUCAGCUGCGCCUCCAGUCUUCACUCCACCCACCAUCUCAGCACAGACAGCUCCUCUAGCACCACCUCCCACUCCUGCCACUCACCUGAGGGCCGCUACCGUGCCCUGAAAGCCAAGCACACUGCAGCCAACGCUGCCUCCUCCUCCACAGCGAAAGGUUCAGCAGGAUCCGAAGGUGGGGGGCGGCCUGGAGGGAAGCGCCGCACCUCCCGCCGUACUCCCAGCACAGGCAGUGCCAAAACACACGCCAGAGUAUUGAGUUUGGACAGUGGUACGGCUGCCUGCCUUAAUGACCCCAACCGCCUCGGAACCCCAGCAGGGCCUCGCCCCCUCACCACCUCCAAGUCAGACCUGGAAGCCAAAGAGGGGGAGGUUCUGGACGCAGCGUCUCUGUUGGGCCGGGCCUCCCAGUUGGAGUCGGUGACCCGUUCCAGAAACAGUCUGCCCAACCAGGCAGCCUUCACUGAGCCUCAGGAUGCCACUGCUGGCUCCCUGCGGGCCCCAGGGAGUGAGGAGACUGUCAUAUUUCGGCGAGAGCGUAGCACAUUUCGUCGGCAGGCGGUGCGGCGGCGGCACAACGCGGGGAGUAACCCCACGCCCCCCACCUCCCUCAUCGGAUCUCCUCUCAGUCUUCAGGAGGCUCUCAGCCAGGCCUCCCAGCCUUCUACUUCCCAGGUGAAAAGUCAGCCAUCCAGAACCCCGUCCCAGGUGACCGUGCUGAGCGCGAGUGCCUCCCUGCUGGCCAGGAACGGAAGCGCGCACCUGGAGGGUUCUCAGGACAAGGCCUCGACCGUUGGCACUACCAGCCUGCAGGAUGACUUCGGAAAGCUUACUCCUUCCUUGUACGAGGCGGGCGGUUGUGACAUGUCCUUAGUCAACUUUGAACCUGCAACCAGACGAGCCUCCAAUAACAUAUGGGAUACCGACUCCCACCUCUCCAGUUCUACCUCAGUUCGCUUCUACCCUCAUGACCUGGAAAACCGACUGACCCUGGGGCAGCUUUCCCUUCCUCAGAUCCGCCUGAACCGUCUGCUGACGAUGGACCCAGAGCUGCUGGAGCAGCAGGAUGGAGAUCUGAGUCCGGAGCUCCAGGACGCUCCGCUGGGCCAGGACGACCACGCAGCCGCCGCUGCAGGCAAAGCAAGGCAGUACUACCGCUUCUGGCUGUUACCGUACCUGUGGGUCGGCCUGCACUUCGACCGGCUCACCCUGCUUGCGCUGUUUGACAGGAACCGUGAGGUUUUAGAGAAUGUGCUGGCGAUACUGCUGGCUGUCCUGGUGGCCUUUCUGGGUUCAGUGCUGCUUGUCCACGGCUUCUUCACUGACAUCUGGGUCUUUCAGUUCUGCCUCGUCAUUGCAAGUUGCCAGUACUCCUUACUUAAGAGUGUUCAACCAGACUCCUCUUCCCCUCGACAUGGCCAUAAUCGUAUUAUUGCGUACAGCCGGCCUGUCUACUUCUGCCUGUGCUGUGGCCUCAUUUGGCUGCUCCACUACGGCAGCCAGAGGACCACUUCAUCCCGCUUCACCCUGUAUGGAGUCGCACUCACCAGCUCCCUGGUCCUCGCCUCUGCCAGGGAUCUUGUCAUAGUCUUCACUUUGUGUUUUCCCGUCAUUUUCUUUGUGGGACUGCUGCCACAAGUCAACACAUUCGUCAUGUAUCUCUUGGAGCAGCUGGACAUCCACGUGUUUGGAGGGAACGCCUCCACAAGCCUCCUGUCAGCUCUCUACAGCAUCCUGCGCAGCAUCAUCGCUGUUGCUCUGCUCUAUGGCCUCUGCUACGGAGCUCUGAAGGAGAGCUGGGAGCCUCACCACAUCCCAGUGCUGUUUUCUGUGUUCUGCGGCCUCUUGGUGGCAGUGUCCUACCAUCUGAGCCGGCAAAGCAGCGAUCCCUCUGUCCUCAUCUCAUUGAUACAAUCCAAGAUUUUGCCCAACUUGAAAGACAAGAACCCAGAGGACCCUCUCUCAGAAGUACAGGACCCUCUGCCAGAGAAGCUGAGAGCCUCAGUGAAUGAGCGCCUGCAGUCUGACCUGAUCGUCUGUGUGGUCAUCGCUGUCCUAUACUUCGCCAUCCAUGUCAGCACAGUAUUCAUCGCGCUACAGCCUUUCCUCAGCUAUGUCCUGUAUGCACUGCUGGGGGCGGUGGGGCUGCUCGCUCACUACCUGCUGCCUCAGGUCCGCAAGCAGAUGCCCUGGCACUGCUUCUCUCACCCCCUGCUCAAGACUAAGGAGUAUUAUCAGUUUGAAGUCAGGGAUGCAGCUCAUGUGAUGUGGUUUGAAAAGCUUCACGUGUGGCUGCUGUUUGUGGAGAAGAACGUCCUCUAUUCGCUUGUCAUCCUUAAUGAGCUGAGUGGCAGCGCCAGAGAGCUCGCUAGUCCAAAGAAACUUGGCACAGAGGUCGGUGCUCUGAUGAUCACUGUGGCGGGCCUGAAGCUGCUACGUUCCUCCUACAGCAGUCCCACCUACCAGUAUGUGACCGUCUUGUUCACCGUCCUUUUCUUCACCUUCGACUACCGUCACCUGUCUGAGACGCUGCUGCUCGACCUCUUCUUCAUGUCCAUUGUCUUCGGCAAGCUGUGGGAGCUGCUGUACAAGCUGCGCUUCGUCUACACCUACAUUGCCCCCUGGCAGAUCACCUGGGGCUCCGCCUUCCACGCCUUCGCCCAGCCCUUUGCUGUGCCUCACUCUGCCAUGCUGUUUGUCCAGGCUAUUGUCUCAGCAGUCUUCUCCACCCCCCUCAACCCCUUCCUGGGCAGUGCCAUCUUCAUCACCUCCUACGUCCGCCCCGUCAAGUUCUGGGAGAGAGACUACAAUACCAAGAGAGUAGAUCACUCCAACACACGUCUGGCCUCUCAGCUGGAUAGAAACCCAGGUUCUGAUGACAACAACUUGAACUCUAUCUUCUAUGAGCACCUUACCCGCUCGCUGCAGCACAGCCUGUGUGGAGACCUCCUGCUGGGCCGCUGGGGCAACUUCGGCACCGGGGACUGCUUUAUCCUGGCCUCAGACUACCUGAAUGCUCUGGUGCACCUGGUAGAGAUCGGCAACGGCCUGGUCACCUUUCAGCUCCGAGGGCUGGAGUUCAGAGGAACCUACUGCCAGCAGAGGGAAGUGGAAGCCAUCACUGAGGGGGUGGAGGAGGACGAGGGCUGCUGCUGCUGUGAGCCGGGCCACCUCCCCCAUGUCCUAUCAUUCAACGCUGCCUUCGGCCAGCGCUGGCUCGCCUGGGAGGUGCUGGUCACCAAGUACGUGUUGGAGGGCUACAGCAUCACUGAUAACAGUGCUGCCUCCAUGCUGCAGGUUUUUGAUCUGCGGCGCAUCUUCACCACCUAUUAUGUCAAGGGAAUCAUCUACUAUGUCAUUGCUUCUCCAAAACUGGAAGAGUGGCUGGCUAAUGAGACCAUGAAAGAAGGCCUGCGGGGAUGUGGAGAGAGGAACUACGUCGAUCUGGAUCCUACUUUCAAUCCCAACAUUGACGAGGACUACGACCAUCGGCUCGCAGGCAUUUCCAGGGACAGUUUCUGUGGUGUUUACCUCAGCUGGAUCCAGUACUGCAACUCUCGAAGGGCCAAGCCACUGGACAGCGAGAAAGACUCCGCUCUGGUGUUGCUGUGCUAUGGCCUGUGUGUGUUGGGAAGGAGAGCUCUGGGGACUGCAGCACAUCAUAUGUCAAGCAAUCUGGAGUCUUUCCUGUAUGGACUCCAUGCAUUGUUCAAAGGAGACUUCCGCAUCUCUUCGGUACGAGACGAGUGGAUCUUUGCAGACAUGGAGCUGCUGAGGAAAGUCGUGGUUCCUGGAAUCCGAAUGUCUCUCAAACUUCACCAGGACCACUUCACGUCCCCAGAUGAGUAUGAUGAGCCAGCCGUUCUUUUUGAGGCCAUCUCCUCUCACCAGCAGAACCUGGUCAUCGCUCACGAGGGCGACCCAGCCUGGCGGAGUGCCGUCCUGUCCAACUCGCCCUCACUCCUCGCCCUGCGCCACGUCCUUGACGAGGGAACCAAUGAGUAUAAAAUCAUCACGCUCAAUCGGCGAUACCUCAGCUUCCGUGUCAUUAAGGUGAAUAAGGAAUGUGUCCGAGGCCUGUGGGCAGGGCAGCAGCAGGAGUUGGUGUUCCUGAGAAACAGAAACCCGGAACGUGGGAGCAUCCAGAAUGCUAAGCAGGCUUUGCGCAAUAUGAUCAAUUCCUCCUGCGACCAGCCUAUAGGAUAUCCCAUCUAUGUAUCUCCACUGACCACGUCCUACUGUAACUCCCACCCCCAGCUCGGACACAUCCUGGGAGGCCCCAUCAGCAUUGGGAAUAUUCGCAACUUUGUUGUCAGCACCUGGCACAGGUUAAGAAAGGGCUGUGGUGCAGGAUGUAACAGUGGGGGUAACAUUGAGGAUUCAGAUGCGGGGGGGCUGUCCUGUGGCAGUGGAAAUGGGACUGCAGUCAGUGACUCUCAGCAGAGCUCGGCAUCACAGGGAGGGAUCUCUGGACCGGCCCCUCCUCACUCUUAUCAGCCGCACGCUCUGGGCACCAGUCAGAGUACCCAGUCCGUACAGUCUGGGUUGGUGCGCCACUCACCUGCCCGAGCCUCUGUGGCCAGCCAAUCAUCCUCCUACCGCUACAGCAGCAGCCGCCACUCCUCCCUCCGCACCUCCACCACAGGCCUGGAGCCCUGCCGGCGCUCCUCCACCAGCCAGCUGUCACUGCGCACACUCCCCACCUCCCUGCAGCUCCGGCUGGGCUCCACCUCCGACCCAGCCGGCCCCUCUGCUUCCCUCUCCAGCCACAGCAUCCCUCCCUGCAAACGCCACACGCUCGUGGGCCUUCUGGGCAACGACGGCCUGUGCAGCACCGUGGCUGAUCCCCUAAGCCAGCAUCAUCACCAUCAUCACCACCCCCACCAACACAACCCCACUGUCUCCACCGUGCGCAGAGACGACAUCUCCUACCGAGUGCAGAUCGUGGAUGUUAGCCAGGUGCUGGAGAACAUCAACAUAUCGAAGCGGAAGGAGCUGCAGUGGCCUGAUGAGACGGUGAGACUGAGGGCAGGACGGACCUGCUGGAGGGACUGGAGCCCCGUAGAGGGCAUGGAAGGACAUGUGAUUCACCGGUGGGUGCCUUGUAGCCGAGACCCAGCCAAUCGCUCCCAUAUCGACAAGACCAUCCUGCUGGUACAGGUGGAAGAUAAGCUAGUGCCCAUUAUUGAGACGGGGGUCAUUGAGUUGGGUGCAGAGGUGUGACCCAAGCAAGCACAUCAUACACACCUUUGCAAAAAAAAAAAACUAAGCCGGGCCUCCCUGGCUUUUAGCAGGAUGAAGCAGCCUGCAGACAACAAGGAAAUGGGAGCUCUCCCCCCUCCCAGUUCCUUAUUGCUGAGGGGGAAAGGAAGCCAGGGAAAAGUGCAAGCGGAGGCAGAGUAUACAUUGAUCAAACAUCCUUUACUACAUCUGCAUACAUUUACAGUAUCUGCCUUGCUUUGCGUCUCAGAAAUGCUGCAUGACAGUUAACAACCCUGUUAAGUUAGUUUCUUGCUACUGGUAAUUCUUUUCUAUGCAUUUAAUUGACUAUUUUGUAACUAAUGCAGGUUUGAUUUGUGAUUCUGACAGAACUGAGUGUUAAGAGCGUGUGGAAAUUUAUGAUAUUUUGUCUGUCUUUAAAUAAUUUGCCAAAUACGCCUGGUAUUAAAUAUUUGCCAUGGUUUCAUACAUGUGAAAGCUUUUUUUUGCUGCCAAGACUACAGAGGAAGUUGUGGUGUAGAACAGUCAGAGACUUGCCGGUGCUGUGCUCAACAUACUCUUCUUUUUUUUGUUGUUGUUGUCAUUCCUUUUUGGAUUACUUUGGAAGUUGCAAGAUUAUGUUGCGCAAAGAGAAGAGAACUUGCACUAUAAUUUUUAUUUUGUUUUUAUUUACAGCGAUGCACUACAAUCUUAAGAUAAUAUCACAUUUUAUUUAUUACAGACUCUGAAUGGCCAUGGUUACUGAUGCCUUGGGAAUGAAAAAGAAAAUGCAAUCAGCAUUCUGUUUUCAGCCAUUUUUAUUUUACUGUUUUAUGUUUGAUACACUUGAAAAGAACUUUUUACUGUAUAUGAUUAUAUAUAUAUGAAAUAUAUAUAUAUUAUGUCAAUGUACAAAAGAUUUUGUUUGAAUAUUUAUUACUGUGAACAUGGUAUUUACACUUUGUUACAUCUUUUUUUCAUUUAUGGGACAAAGGUUAAUGUGUUCAAGGACCAUCGGUUGAAAACAUGAUGCCGAAUUUUUGAUGGACUGUUUCCCUGUUUAACUUAAUUCUUUUCUAUAUGGAGAAAUAAAACAGUUUGAUUUAUUGCUGAUACCUUC